CUUAAAGGUGGGCGUGAGCGCUGUGCAGUGCAGUACUGCAUCUUGGAUGCAUGAUGGCUUACCUACCCUUCAGAGGACACUCUGCCUGGUUCUCCUGCAGCGUGGAUAUCAAGAUCAUAGAGAAAUGGAGUGUCAAUGGUGGACUCUAUGCUGAUGAAACAUGUGCUGACUACUUGUUCAGUGAUGAUGCAAAAAUGAAAGACACCAUCAGGAUCUACGAAUCUCAGGAUGAGAUUGCUGUAUUCCAGACUUCUUGGAUAACAGAAAUAUUGCAGAGACAAUGUCAACUCCAUGAUGUUGUAUUGGGACAGCACUUGUUGUGUCCUCAUUUCCUGGCUCCCAUUGCAACUCCUGAAAUCCUCAACUCACGGGCCCGGGCACUACCCUCCACUCAUGAGACAUACAGUGAUGCCCAGGCCCUAGAUGGUGGUCCUGGUGGAGAGGGGAAGAUGACCGAGGGAGAGCUCUGGACUGAUAACACAGCCCUGGAUGGUGGUCGUGGUGAGGAGGGGAAGAUGACUGAGGUAAAGCUCUGGGCCGAACUAGAGGCACAAGCUUUAGCAUGCAAGAUGGCAGAGGUGCUCCAUGUGGACCAUAUUAGAACUGAUGAAAAGAUGUAUGACUUUGACUGUUCCAAACCUGGGUUUGUUAUCAAACGGAUCAACUAGCUAUCCAUUUACUGUAUGGUAUGGUACAUCAAUUCUACAUUCAAUGUCCUUAAUUUUCUUGUUGUGUACAU